AUGGAGAAAAAAAGGGAUAUCCCCACACUUCCGGUAAUCGGAAUCUCGAUGUUUCUUCUACUGCUUUCACAUAUUUCCACGGCGGAGAAGAAAACUUACAUAAUUCACAUGGCUAAAUCCGAGAUGCCGGCGGCCUUCGACGACCACAUCGACUGGUACGACUCGUCUCUCCAGUCGGUCUCCGGUUCGGCCCAGAUGAUCUACGCCUACACCAACGUGAUCCACGGCUUCUCCGCCAGGUUCACACCGGAGGAGGCCCGAGCUAUGGAGGCCCGGCCCGGCAUCCUCUCCGUCCUCCCGGAGAUGAGGUACGAGCUCCACACCACCCGGACCCCUUCCUUCAUGGGCCUGGACCAGAACGCCGCCGUCUUCCCGGAGUCCGAAUCUGCCGGCGAGGUCAUCGUCGGCGUCCUCGACACCGGGAUCUGGCCCGAAAGCCCGAGCCUCGACGAUACGGGCUUCGGGCCGGUCCCGACCUCCUGGAGGGGCGACUGCGAGACGGGAACCAACUUCUCGAAAUCGAGCUGCAACCGGAAGCUGAUCGGAGCCCGAUAUUUCGCGAGAGGCUAUGAGGCCACGCUGGGCCCCAUCGACGAGUCCAAGGAGUCCAAAUCGCCGCUCGACGGCGACGGCCACGGGACCCACACCUCCACGACGGCCGCCGGAUCUGUCGUAACUAACGCCAGCCUGUUCGGGUUCGCCGCAGGGACGGCCCGCGGGAUGGCCUCCCGGGCCCGGUUGGCGGUUUACAAAGUCUGCUGGGCCGGCGGCUGCUUCAGCUCGGACAUCCUGGCGGCUUUGGACCGGUCCGUGACCGACGGCGUCCACGUGCUGUCCCUCUCCCUAGGCGGCGGCAUGUCCGACUACUACAGGGACAGCGUGGCCAUCGGCGCCUUCGCCGCCGUCGAGAGGGGCAUCUUCGUCUCCUGCUCGGCCGGCAACGCCGGGCCCGGCCCGUACAGCCUCUCCAACGUGGCGCCGUGGAUAACCACCGUCGGCGCCGGCACCCUCGACCGCGACUUCCCGGCCUACGUCACCCUCGGGAACGGUAAGAACUUCUCCGGCGUCUCCCUAAUAAAAAGCGGCGACCCACUCCCCGGCAAGCUCCUCCCCUUCAUCUACGCCGGGAACGCCUCCAACGCCACGAACGGCAACCUCUGCAUGACCGGAACCCUCGACCCUGAAAAAGUCAGGGGCAAAAUCGUCCUUUGCGACCGCGGCGUAAACCCCAGAGUCCAGAAGGGCGCAGUCGUCAAAUCCGCCGGAGGCGCCGGGAUGGUCCUCGCCAACACCGCCGCCAACGGCGAGGAACUCGUCGCCGACGCCCACUUGAUUCCCGCCACGGCCGUCGGCGAGACUUCCGGCAAUUUCAUCAAAGAAUAUCUCUCGUCAGAUCCCAAUCCGACGGCCACGAUCUCUUUCGAGGGCACCAAGGUCGGAAUCCAACCGUCCCCCGUCGUCGCAGCCUUCAGCUCCCGAGGCCCCAACUCCAUCACUCCCGAGAUCCUAAAACCAGAUCUAAUAGCCCCCGGCGUAAACAUCCUCGCUGGAUGGUCGGGCCUAAUGGGCCCCACGGGCCUGACCGAGGACAUGCGGCGCGUGGGCUUCAACAUAAUCUCCGGGACUUCCAUGUCUUGCCCCCACGUGAGCGGCCUAGCCGCCCUUCUGAAAGCGGCCCACCCACUCUGGAGCCCGGCCGCCAUAAAAUCAGCCCUCAUGACAACGGCCUACAUUGCGUACAAGAACGGCGGUCCCAUCCUCGACGUGUCCACCGGCCGUCCGUCGACCCCUUUCGACCACGGUGCGGGCCACGCGGACCCAAUCUCGGCCCUAAACCCGGGCCUCGUCUAUGACAUGGAUACCGACGACUACUUAAAUUUCCUCUGCGCUUUGAAAUACACGCCGGCGCAGAUCUACAGCCUGGCGAGGAGGAACUUCAGCUGCGCGCCGCGCAGAGCGUACAGCGCGAACGACCUGAAUUACCCUUCGUUCGCGGUGACACUGAUGGGCGGAGGUGGGGCGGGAUCCGGUGUGGUUAAGCACACGAGAACGCUCACCAAUGUGGGGCCGCCGGGGAGUUACAGGGUCUCGGUUUUGUCGACGAGCGAGUCGGUUAAGAUAUCAGUUGUUCCGGGAGUGCUGAGUUUCGGUCGAGCGAACGAGAAGAAAUCGUAUGUGGUGACGUUCAGCGCGGCGACGACAAUGCCGUCCAAUACGAAUGACUUCGGGACGGUGGAAUGGUCUGAUGGGAGGCAUGUUGUGAGGAGUCCAUUUGCUGUUAGUUGGACAUAA